AUGUCUAAUGGAACAAACUAUUUAAAUAUCAAAACAGAACCAGAAGAAUUUCCAUUAGUUGAUAAUAAUGUUGACAAACCUGAUGAAUACCCAUCACUUGAUGAUAAUGUUAAUAAUCAAGAAUUAGAAUUUCAUAUAAAAAUAGAACCUGAUGAAUGCCCAUUACUCAAUAAUAAAGUCAAUAAUCAUGUAAAACAAGAACUACAAGAUCUACAUAUAAAAUCAGAACCAUGUUCAGACGAUGAUGGGGUUUCUCUGGACGGUUUUGUAGUCUCUGAAAUCCCCGUACAAGAAGACGAUCACAUAUGCACCAUAUGCAGCCAAAAAUUCACCACCUCUGCAGAGCUAUCCAUCCACAAAAUCAUCCACCUCGACAAGCCUUUAAAAUGUAAGUACUGCCACAAAAUAUUCGAACGCCAAGAUACUCUAUCAACCCAUCUCAAAACCCAUUACGAUUCCACCCGUCCCGUAUGCACCAUUUGCAACAAAACAUUCAGUCGAACAGCAACCCUAACAGCCCACAAACGUAUCCACACUGGGGAAGGCCUCCACAAAUGCGAAACGUGCCAUAAAGGCUUUGUGAACAGCAGCAAAUUAAGGGAACACAAGCUAAUCCAUUCCCAAGAUCGUGCCUAUAAGUGUGAAAUUUGUGAAAGGACUUUUGCAGGUUUUUCAAAUUUUAAAAAGCACAUGAUUGUGCAUAAAGGUAAGCCUUCGUUUGAGUGUGAGGUGUGUGGGAAGACUUUCAUGCAUUCGAGUAGUCACAAGCAACAUAUGGUUUGUCAUGAGGCUGUGAGGCCUUAUACGUGUGAUGUAUGUAGUAAAGGUUUUAAUCGAAGGUUUCUUUUGUUGACUCAUUUAAGGACUCAUACAGGGGAACGUCCUUUUAAAUGUGAUGUUUGUGAUAAAAGGUUCACGCAAAAGACUUGGUUGAGGAAACAUCAGAAGACACACUCGAAGUUGUUGGUAUAUAGCAGAUAUAAUAAAGGACCUAAAACAGAACCUUGUGGGACUCCACAAGUUAUGCUACGACCCCCACUUGUAAAAUUCCCACCUUCGUCCUUACCACCCUUUCCACGAGAAAAUCUUUAA